CUUCCUUCCCUUCUUCUCCAUCAACCUUUCUCUUCUCCUCUGUAUUUUUCUUUCCUCUCUGUUUCUUCACUCUGCAUCAACAAUGGCGGAUGUUUCCUCUGCAAAUUUGGUUAACAAUGGUAAUGAACUCAUUGAGAAGGGUCAUACCCUAAAUGGGUAUCGCAAGAGCUGUUGGUACGAGGAGGAGAUCGAAGAGAAUUUAAGAUGGUCGUUUGCUCUUAAUAGCAUACUUCAUACUGGCGCUUCCCAGUAUCAAGACAUUGCGCUACUCGACACGAAGCCGUUCGGGAAGGCGUUGGUGAUCGACGGGAAGCUUCAAAGUGCAGAAACUGAUGAGUUCAUUUACCAUGAAUGCCUUGUUCAUCCUUCACUUCUCCAUCAUCCCAAUCCAAAGACAAUCUUCAUCAUGGGAGGAGGUGAAGGCUCCACAGCAAGAGAGCUACUCCGACACAAGACAGUGGAGAAAGUUGUGAUGUGCGAUAUCGACGAGGAAGUUGUUGAUUUCUGCAAGUCAUAUCUGAUAGUAAACAAAGAAGCUUUCAGUGAUCCAAGACUUGAACUUAUCAUAAACGAUGCCAGAGCGGAGCUCGAGAACCGAACGGAGCAAUACGACGUGAUCGUCGGCGAUCUUGCUGACCCAAUUGAGGGAGGUCCUUGUUAUAAACUCUACACUAAGUCCUUCUAUGAGCACACUGUGAAGCCUAGAUUGAAACAAGAUGGCAUAUUCAUCACUCAGGCUGGCCCAGCUGGGAUUUUCAGCCAUACAGAAGUGUUUUCUUGCAUCUAUAACACCUUGAAGCAAGUUUUUAAAUAUGUGGUGCCUUAUUCAGCUCAUAUUCCUUCCUUUGCUGAUACUUGGGGUUGGGUUAUGGCGUCCGACACUCCAUUUGUGCUGAAUGCUGAUGAUUUAGACCAAAGAAUCAAGCAAAGAAUCAAAGGGGAGAACAAGUACUUUGAUGGAAAGACAUUCUCAUCGGCCUCGACGUUAAGCAAGGCUGUUCGGAAGUCGCUCGACAACGAGACGCACGUGUACACGGAAGGAACGGCGAGGUUCAUAUAUGGAUAUGGAGCUGCAGCAGCCUGCAAGCUGAACCAAGUUUGAUAGGUGAAAAGAGAAGAAGAAGAAGAAGAAGAAGAAGAAAUGGCCCCUAAAUAAGAGUAUAGAAAUCCCACCAUCAUGGUUAGCCUAGAGAUUAAACAAAAUCCUCCUCCUCUGGGCUUCUUUUUGCUUUCUUUUUUGUGUAUUGUUUUUUCUUUCUGUUUUCUUAUUGUUUGUUUAGUGAACUUUAAAGUUACAAAUAUAAUAGUAAUGAAAAAAAGGGGGCUUUUAGCUUAUAUAUUUA